AUGGCCAAAUCCUGUGACUUCCUGAUGAUCCUGGUGCUGAUGAGCUACUGGUCAACCUGCUGUCUGAGCUGUGACCUGAGUCAGAAUGACAACUUCAUGAACAAGACUCUCUUCAAACUCCUGGUACAAAAGGAGCAAUCUUCCCGUCUUCUCUGCUUGGAGGAAAGAAAGGUCUUUCUAUGUCCCCUGGAGAAGAUGGAUGCCCAGCAGCUCCAGAAGCCUCAAGUGAUCAAGGUACUGUAUGACGUGAUUCAGCAGAGCCUGAUGCUCUUCAGCUCAAAUGAGUCAUCUGCUGCAUGGGAGACAACCCUCCGAGAGCAAUUCUGUGAUGUCCUCUCCCUGAAGCUCAAUGACCUGCGGUCCUGUCUGAUGCAGCAGGUGAGGAAAGACCCUGUGAAGAAAUAUUCCCGGAAGAUCACUGACUACCUCAGAGAGAAGAAACACAGCCCCUGUGCUUGGAUGGUGGUCAGAGACGAAGUCUGCAGAGCCUGGUCUCUCUCAGCCGACUUGCUAAAAGGAUUGAACAAGGAGGAGGAAUAA